UUUUGUAGUGUCCUGUGGUAUUGAAAGCGCCAUUUGGUAUAUUUACUUUACUCUUUGGAUAGUGCAUUCAAAGAGUAAACGCAUUCUAUUUUGUUUUAUUUAUUAUUAUAUUGAUGAAUAAGUUAAUGAAUCUUCAAGUAAAAUACUACGCAGUACAACAAUUUUAUUAUUGUCUAAUUCAAUUACCAGCAUACUUUAAUACUUUCUCAAAAAAAAAAAUUGUAUACAGAUUUUUUCUAAACAAGAACAAUGGCAUUAGCUCUUCAGAGACGCGCAAAUGUGCGUCUACCACCAGAAGUGAAUAGAAUUUUGUAUGUACGAAACCUGCCAUACAAAAUAUCAGCAGAAGAAAUGUAUGAUAUAUUUGGAAAAUAUGGAGCUAUAAGACAGAUUCGAGUAGGUAAUACCCCAGAAACAAGAGGGACAGCAUUUGUUGUUUACGAAGAUAUAUUUGAUGCAAAAAAUGCAUGUGACCAUUUAUCUGGUUUCAAUGUUUGUAAUAGAUAUUUAGUUGUUUUAUACUACAGAUCCAAUAAAGCUUUCAAGGGAAUUGAUAUUGAAAAGAAACAAGAAGAAAUAGACACAUUGAAAAAGAAAUAUGGUAUAUCCACUGAUGAUCUCCGCAAAUAGGUUAAUAUAAAGUUUUAAGAAAUA